AUCGGAGGGAAAUGAAAACAAUACAUAAUAUUUAUUUAUUAUUUAUUUAACUAUUUUCUUACAACGGGAGAGUGAAGAAACUACCUUCUUUUCCGGCUAUUUUCAAAUUACAGAAGCUCUGAACCAGGAGGCUCCGUCGAAAACGUCUAUGCUCCUUAAGCCAAUGGCCGAAGCCCUAAGCCCUAACCCUAGGCAUCGGAUCUCUAUGGCUGCUCGCAUCCAGUCCCCAACAAGUCCCUUCUUCUUGGGCUCUAACGACGACAAACUCGAGCGUGCGCAGGCUCGAGCCGCACGCGCCGCAGCUAGCCGCCGCAAGGCCGUAAUUCGCGAUGCUCAGCCUCCGACUGAUCCUGAUCUUUGCCUCGAUAAAGAUCAGAUUCUCGAGUUGUUCCAAAAUUGCAUCAAAUUGGCCAGUGAAAAUAAAAUUAAUCAAAAGAAUACUUGGGAGCUGAAUUUAAUAGAUCAUCUUCGCGACAUUAUCAUGGUUGAAGAAGAAAAUGAUGUGGAGACGAACUUUCAAAAGGUCAGUUGUACUUUGGAAGCUGGUGUUAAGAUUUACUCACUGAGGGUGGAUUCAGUUCAUUCAGAGGCAUACAAGGUUCUCGGUGGGAUAAACAGAGCAGGUUAUGAAAAUGAGCGAGAUUCUGUGAUGGAGGAUAACAAUGCUGCUACUGCACAGAAAGGCAAUCCAAAGAAAGAGUUAGAGAAAAAGAUGUCACCUUUAUCAACAUUGGAAUCUUCUUUUGAGGCUCUUAAUGUAAAAAAAAUUGAUGUUGCCUUUGCUGUGGAUCCUCUAUACCAUCAAACCUCUGCCCAAUUUGAUGAAGGUGGAGCCAAAGGUCUUUUGUUGAAUAAUCUUGGUGUUUAUGCUGGAUGUCGGGUUCUCUUUGAUUCAUUUGAAGUGCCAGGGAGGGAAAUACCUUGUUCAAAUCAACACGAUGUAUCUGAAACAAUUGAUUUAUCUUUUGCUGAAGAAUACCUUGAGCGUAUGGUAUUGAACAUGCAAGCAAAGGAUGAAAUUUCACCGACUCUCAAGAAUAUAGUCAAUCAAUUUGAUGAAGAUAACAGAAGGCCACUGGAGAACUUUUCCUGCAGACAGAGAUCAGCAGAACAAGCGGAUACUAUAAAUAAUGAAAAUGAGUUCAAUGGUGUUGCAUUUGAGAGUUAUGAAUCUGAUGGUUUUGAUCAUGAUGACCAGCCAAGCAUUGUCAAUGAGGAAUUUAAUGGAGUGGAGCCUUCUUUCAUGAGUUAUCAUGAGGAUACAGAGCAAUUUUCUUUCGACAAUUCCAAUGCAGAUGACAGAUUUGGAGAAGUUGAUGAAUAUUUGUUUUUGAGUUUGGGAUUUCCUUUGAAACAAAAUGCUUGGGCGGGUCCUGAUCAUUGGAAAUAUCGAAAAACUAAAGGUUCCGAGGAUGUCUCUAACGAAGAAAAUGCAGCGACUUUAAAAACAAAGAAAACCAGAAAUAAGAAACAAACUGAGCCUGAUAUUGAUUUCACAAAAGCCUUGGAUAAUGAAGUGCCUGACAUCUUUGCUCCUCCCAGAAAUCUGAAGUCAUUACUGCUACCUUCAAGCAGAGCAUCUUGUAAUACAAAGCUUCCUGAAGAUUGCCACUAUCAGCCUGAGGAUCUUGUCAAAUUGUUUCUUUUACCAGAUGUGAUGUGCCUCGGAAGGAGGAGGAGAAGGAAGUUGUCAGAUGAAUCAAGGGAACAGUAUGAUGAUUAUGAUCCACAGCCAUCCUGGGAAGAGCAAGGUGCAUUUGGUGGUUUUGAUGAUGAAGUUGAUCAUAGCGAUGUUGAUGACUCUGGCAUGCUUGUUUCUCAGCCUCGACAGGUUAGUAAAAUUGAAGUUCAGUAUGACAAGACAUCUAAACAAGUUGAUGUUCAAGCUCUGAAAGAAACUCUUUGGGACCAGAUACAACAAUCUCAAGAAACAUCAUUUCAGAGCCCUGAAGAAACGCUAUCAUUAAAGCAUCUAUUGGCAAGCUUUCCUGCUGAUUGUAAAGCUGCUGCAACAACCAAGGAGAUCUCCCCUCAUCUGUGUUUCAUAUGCCUGCUACAUUUGGCCAAUGAGCAUGGACUGUGCAUCCAUGGUCUCCCCAACAUGGAUGACCUUGCUAUACAACUUCAUCUCUGAAAACUCAAUAAUGUUUGUAUAAUUUGUUUGUUAAACCAGGUAGCACUAGCUCAGCAACAACUGUAUUGCUGGGCUUCUGACAGUGUUGUAAACCUCAUCUUGUUCAUACUUUUAAGUAAGUUGCUUAGAAUUUCUACUUCAGCACGCU